AUGGUUGUCUGGCUGCUGGCGGGGGCCUCAGUGCUCGGUGGGCCUGUCGGUGGACAGGUGGAGCCACUCAGGAGGUUUGUCUUGCAGGACCCGAUGGAGCACCUGGUGAGUGAGCUGAACAUGCUGCUGAAGCUGCUGGACCAGGAGAGUGUGAGCAGGGCCACAACGGAGAAGAUGAGCACGGUCCGGAGCCUGCUGGGGCAGCUGCAGCCAUCAGACCUGGAUGAGUUCAGAGCCUCCCCAGAAGAACUAAAAGAACCGGUUGAGGAGGAAACCCCCAAAAUACCGCCCUCAAAAAGUCCCACUGACACCCCACCUCCUCUGCCAACCACCCCUCCCCCAGAGGACUAUUAUGAGGAGGCAGUGCCCCUGGAUCCAGGCACGGCGACCCAAUACAUCACCGCCAACAUCACCAAACGCAUCAGCGCAAGUCCCCCAAAUUCCAUUGAAGAUGCAUAUUAUGAGGAUGCUGACAAUAAUUACCCCACCACCCAAAUCAAUGGCCCGCACAAGAACUCAUACGCUGAUUCAGACGCGCUGAGCAGCUCCUAUGAAUCGUAUGAUGAGGAGGAUGAGGAGGCGAAGGGCCAGGACAGGACUAGUCAGAGGUGGCAGUCAGAGGAGAACUCUGUGGGCCCCAUGAAGGACUGUCGUAUCUGUGCCUUUUUGCUGCGCAAGAAACGCUUCGGCCAAUGGGCCAAACAGUUGACGGUCGUCCGUGACAACAGAUUACAGUGCUACAAGAGCAUUAAAGACAGAAGCCCACACAUUGAGCUGCCGCUGAACCUGUGUAACGUCAUCUACAUUCCCAAAGAGGCGCGCCGCAAGAAGCACGAGCUGCGUUUCUCCCUGCCUGGUGGAGAGGCCUUGGUUCUGGCUGUCCAGAGCAAGGAGCAGGCGGAGCGAUGGCUCAAGGUGAUCCGGGAGGUGGCCAGUCAAGCCACCAGCAGUGAAGGAUUAGAGGGCUCAUCCUCUCCUAUGAUCCAGAGGAAGAUGGAGCUGGACAAGUUACUAGGAGCUGACAAGCACACUGUAGUGUUGGUUGACAAGCAAACGUCUGACUCUGACAGCGUGGCCACAGGUGACAACCUGCCCUCUGGUCAGCUCCGUGACAACUGUGAAGGGAAGGGGAAGAGGGGGGCGUUUUCAGAGCUGACGGGGUCUAUGAGCAGAGCGGCUGGACGGAAGAUCACCAGGAUCAUCAGUUUCUCGAAGAAGAAGCCUCCUCUCCCAGGAGACGCUCCGUCCUCCUAUCACCAUGACGACAACCCCCGCUGUGGUUACCUAAAUCUACUGCUGAGCCAGUGUUGGAGGGAGAGAUGGUGCUGUGUGAGGAGUGGAACACUGUACCUUCACAAAGACCGGGGCGACCUGGGUACUCACGUAAAAGCUGUGGUCCUCCAUGGGGCUGAGGUCAUACCUGGAGUAGGGCCCAAGCACCCCUUCGCCUUCCGCAUCCUGCAAGGAGGCAACGAGGUGGCUGCCUUGGAGGCCAGCUGUUCAGAAGAGAUGGGCCGCUGGCUGGGGGUUCUGCUGGCAGAGUCUGGCUGUGCCACCAGCCCUGAGGCUUUGCACUACGACUAUGUGGACGUGGACACCAUCACCAGCAUCACAGACGCAGCACGACACUCCUUCCUAUGGGCUACCUCCUCCAGCAGCGCCUCGACAGACUCCAGAACGUAUGACGAGGUUCCUUAUGAGAGCAUAUUGCAGCCAGAGGAGCAGGUGCCCAGACCAGGAGCUCAGGUGAAACACCACUCUUCUUUCCCUAGCAGCAGAGAGACUGAGAAGGUGGACUCCCUAGUCACCACAAAGAGACACUGCUCCAGUAAGUCUCCAGAAGAUGCGAAUCAGCAUAUAUCAGGGAAGUAUGGUAAAACACGAGCAGAGGGCGAUGCCAGGAGGUACCUGAAGGAGAAAGACGAGAUGGAGAAGAAGCGAGAGGUCCUCAAAAGUGCCCUGCUUGUAUUACGCAAUGAGAAGAAAGAGGUGAAGGAGCAACUGAAGGACGCUACAGGUAAGCAGCAGAAGCAGCUGGAGAAGCGUUUUGCCCACCUGGAGGAGAACUGCAGGGGGAAGGAGGGGGAGCGGGUGGACCUGGAGCUGCGUCUCACUGAGGUGAAGGAGAAUCUAAAGAAGUCGCUGGCUGGAGGGGUGCUGGGGCCACCCACAGAGAGCAAACCCCCCAGAAAGGUCCAGAUCAGUAAAGUGGAUCAUCUAUACAGCGAGGCAUCCAUGCCAGUAAACUGUGCUGCUGAGAUGCGGAAGCGUCCCCUAUCCAUCUAUGCAUCUAGCAGAGGGAAUGUCAUGCAGAAAGCCAAGGAAUGGGAGUCGAAGAAGGGGACUUAGAAAGACAAUGCUCAAGCAGAUGGACAGUCUAAUUCUGGUCUUGGAACAUGUUGGAGCUGAUUUGAAAGAGGGGAGAGCGGGUGAAGCAGGCACUCCAUUCUCAACUUUUCCACUCCCCUCUUGAGAGCUCAACAUUUACUGCACUUUGCUGAGCUGAGAAACGUGUGACUGGAAAAGACGAGACACUGAAUCUCUUGGAAUUGUUGUAGAACCUCACUCAAAGCACUAUUUCACUUGGAAAUGCUGAAUGUUCAUUCUGUGAUUCAGUAAUCGCUUGUGUUGCAUGUGGUACCGUUGUUCCUUCAGACUGUGGAAGAGGAUAUGUUAUGGGGAUUCCAUGUGAAUACAUCAGAGGGCUGGACUUGAGAUGUUGAGAGCUGAGUGGUUUGCAGAGGUUGAAUAUGCAUACUCAAAUUAUGCACAUAUCUGCACGAAAGGAUGCUAAAGGGAAAUAGAACGUAUCGAUUGUGAGUUUGUUGCUGGAAUAGUAGCCUAAAGGAGAUACUGAAAUACAGUUCUAUGCUGUAUUCGCUAUGCUAGUAACUUCAGAACACAGUAAGCUGGUCAAAGAGGGAGAGGAAACGACUGUGUAUGUAUAUGAAACACUUAUUUCAGAUCUUCAUUUAACAAUUUGGUGCAGCUGGACAACAGACAGGAAAAAAGAACCCGAUUAGAAUAACACCUGUAUAAAACCAAAUAGUUAUUGUAAUGUGAGACUAAUGACUAAACAAAGACGUUUCCUUAUUACGUAAUUCACUGACUGUUUCUCAGUGUAAUGAGCCUUUUACUUUUAAUUACUUUUGCACUUUAUGUUAUUUGUAUUGUACAUUAAAAGCUGUUCAUUGA